GAUUUCACCAUCUAUUUCCGCGUUGUUAGCAUAUUAGCAUCAAGCUACCUGCUCUGAGGGAAGUAGUGUUCACUUCUCUACUUUGUUAUUCACACCCUGCUCGCUGUUCCUCACUCCGGCCUUCCUUCGACAGCUUCCAAGGUUCUUGCUCAGAAAGUGGUGUCAGGUCUGGUUCAGGGUCGUUGAACGGUUAAUGCACAGAGUAAAGAGGCUGAAAAUUGAAGACAAAACGGAAGACGGCCAGGAAAGCGUCAGAAAGGCACUGGCAGGCAUGACGGGGGUGGACGAGCUCUCGGACAGCACAGAGGUGGUGGAGAUGGAGGACGUGAAUCCCACCCAGUUCCAGGUGGAGAAGCAUACAUGGGAUGGCCUGCGGAAGAUCAUCCACAACAGCCGCAAGAACACAGGCGUGGUUAUCAACAAGGCGCCACACGACUUCCAGUUCAUCCAGAAGGACGAGGCCAGUCCGCACUCCCACCGCAUCUACUACCUUGGAAUGCCUUACGCCAGCAGGGACAAUGCUUUACUCUACUCAGACAUUCCCAAGAAGGUCCGCAAGGAUGCUCUGUUGGUUUUGUCAUGGAAGAAGAUGCUGGAUCGCUUUCAGGCCAGCCCUCACCACGGGGGCAUCUCUCGGGAGGAGGAGCUGCUGCGAGAGAGGAAACGUUUGGGGGUGUCUGGCAUCACCUCCUAUGAUUACCACAGACCCAGUGGCCUCUUCCUGUUCCAGGCCAACAGCAGUCUGUACUACUGCCGUGACGGUGGGAGCAACACGUUCAAUACUUCUCCAACGGAUGCUGUCGAGAUUAAGAGCCAGAUUUCAGGCACACGCAUGGACCCCAAGAUCAGCCCCGGGGACCCCAACUUCAUCGGCUUCAUCAACAACAACGACAUUUGGGUGACCAGCAUUGAGACGGGUGAAGAGAGGAGGCUCACCUUCUGCCACAAAGGUAUUGAUAACCCAAAAGAGGACCCCAAAUCUGCCGGUAUAGCUACUUUUGUCACGCAGGAAGAGUUUGACCGUUUCACCGGAUACUGGUGGUCACCAGCUGCUCGUGAAGAGUCAGAUGGUGGUAAAACUCUGCAGAUUCUGUACGAGGAGGUGGACGAGUCUGAGGUUGAGAUCAUUCAUGUUCCAUCUCCGGCUUUGGAGGAGCGCAAGACCGACGUCUACAGAUAUCCACGCGCAGGCAGCAAGAAUCCUGAUAUUACUCUCAAAAUAGCAGAAAUCAGGACAGACAAUCUCGGCAAAAUUGUCAGCACACAGGAGAAGGUGUUGCCCGUUCCCUUCACCAGCCUGUUCCCUGGUGCCGAAUAUAUCACCAGAGCCGGAUGGACAAAAGACGGCAGAUAUGCCUGGGCGGUCAUGAUGGACCGACGGCAGCAGCGUCUCCAGUUGGUCCUGCUGCCUCCAGCGUUCUUCAUCCCUGCAAAUCAGGACGAGGCCAGCAGGCAGGAGAGCCUGGAGGCCCUCGGAGACGCCGUCCAGCCCUUCAUCAUCUACCAGGAGACCAGCGACAUCUGGAUCAAUGUGCACGACAUUUUCCAUCCGUUCGUCCAAACCAGUGAAGAUGAGAUCAGCUUCAUAGCAGUAAAUGAAUCAAAAACAGGUUUCUGCCACCUGUAUAAGAUCACCUCACUCUUACAGCGGGGCAGCUACAACUGGGCCAAAGGCUACACACACUCUGAAGAUGAUUUCAAGUGUCCGGUCAAAGAAGAGGUGACUGUAACCAGUGGGGAGUGGGAGGUGCUGGCCAAUCACGGAGCGAAGCGUUCGUCCAGUCCUCAGAUUUGGGUGGACGAGGCAGCAAAGCUGGUUUACUUCCAGGGAACCAAAGACUCUCCUCUGGAGCAUCACCUUUAUGUUGUGAGCUACGACUCGCCGGGUGAAAUCGUCCGACUCACCAAAGCCGGCUUCUCCCACAGCUGCUCAGUGAGCCAGACCUUUGACAUGUUUAUCAGCCAUUACAGCAGCUUGACCUCAGCCCCCUGUGUGCACAUCUACAAGCUGCAGGGCUCAGAGGACGACCCGAUGCACAGAGAGCCUCAGUUCUGGGCGAGCAUGAUGGAGUCCGGAGGUUUCCCUUUCGACUACACUCCUCCAGAGAUCUUUAGCUUCACAGGGAAGUCAGGCUUCGAGCUGUACGGCAUGUUGUACAAACCACAGAACCUGGUCCCCGGCAGGAAGCAUCCCACCGUCAUCUUUGUCUACGGCGGACCACAGGUCCAGUUGGUGAAUAACUCCUAUAAAGGAGUGAAGUACCUGCGGCUGAGCACGCUAGCGUCUCUGGGCUACGCUGUGCUGGUCAUCGACGGACGCGGCUCCUGUCAGCGGGGACUCAAGUUUGAAGGAGCUGUGAAAGACAAAAUGGGUCAGGUGGAGAUUGAAGACCAGGUGGAGGGUUUGCACUACGUAGCUGAAAAGUACAAGUUUGUGGACGUGAAUCGUGUUGCCAUCCACGGCUGGUCAUACGGAGGCUUCCUCUCCCUCAUGGGCCUCAUCCACCAACCUGACAUCUUCAAGGUUGCCAUUGCAGGCGCUCCAGUGACGUUGUGGAUGGCCUACGACACCGGCUACACAGAGCGAUAUUUGGACACGCCUGAGAAAAACCAGAAGGGAUACGAGGCUUGUUCUGUCGCCCUGCACGUCGACAAACUCCCCAAUGAGCCCAACAGAUUGCUGAUCCUUCACGGCUUUCUAGAUGAGAAUGUGCACUUUUUCCACACAAAUUUCUUGGUGUCUCAACUCAUCCGGGCAGGGAAGCCCUACAGCCUGCAGGUUUAUCCCAACGAGCGACACAGCAUCCGAUGUCCAGAGUCUGGAGAGCAUUACGAGAUUACACUGCUGCACUUCCUCCAACAAAACCUCUGAUAAGCCCUUCCACACACUGACCUUCCCUUUCUCGCUUCCUAACCUCCUCUCCUUGCCUCCUUUUUGCCUUUCCUCCGUAUAUUUAAACCUGCACCACCUUCUCCUUUCACUUGAUUUUAUGAUGUUAUGCUGAAUGCAAGCUAUGCCAAACCUCAUCACACCUCAAGAGUUGUUUCGUCAGUCUUAAAGGUGCUGAAGCAUUUUAGCAUCACUAAAUCAUUGCAAGAUUAAUAUUCAGAUUUUAGUAUAAUUACCAUAAAUGAGACCAUCACUGAGAGAAUAAAGUCUUGUAGUCUUUACACUGUAUUUUACAGUGGAGGGAAAUCUGCUGGAUUGCUUUAAGCCCUGAAACAAACAGAGGGCGCCGUUUGUCCUGAACAAACAGGGCUGAAGCUUUCUGGGACUGUGGUGAUGGCAGACGCUGGAAAAAGUACAAAAAAAUGCAAAAAACACACAAGUGGACCUGCCGCGCUCGGGUUUCUCUCAUUUUUCGUGCCGCUUUUUUUUUAUCGAACUCUUACUUUUCACGUUUUUCUGGGACCCAACUGAUAAAGUGAUCGUUUUCUUGUGUCUGUGAAUAAACACUGGAGUGAAGUUAGUAAACGUAAAGCUCUAUAAGAGCACACAAGCGAGCUCUUAACCCCCUGUGUUGUAUACUCUGUGCCCUCAUGUGCUAUCGUUGAUGACUUUUUAUGUGCUGUGCCACACAGUGGCAGAUCUACAACAAAAAAAAAAGUCACAAGCCACAUUUUUAUUGUGUAGUGUUAAAAAAAAUAUUUUUUAUGGAUUCUUAUGCAUUCAUACACGGUGGAAAUAUGUAGCGACCGUUGCUGUUUCACUCACUCGCUUGCUUUAAUUUUCCGGGGAGCUUCUUUUUCUUUUUCUGCUGCUGAGGACUUUUGCACAUAUUGCGUAUAUUUGCCUUGGUGCCAACAAACUGACCUAUAAAAGAUGAUGUAUGACACAACUGUUGGCAGUCUGAGGUGCCUUGCAAGAGUUUAAGAAAGCCUGCUCGUAUAGUAUAUAUAUCAGGGAAUCUGUCUGAGGACCUACGACGAUAAAAUGCCUUGUCACGCGUGUAUCUGAUGACCAUCUGUAAGAUUAGCUACCAUGGCCUGUUCAUGGUUAAAUGUACUCUCAGAUAUUGAAGAAAUAAACAGAAGUGAACAAUCUUU